AUGGAGUCUGAUGCUGCCAAAAAAUUCGCCGUGUUCAUGCGCAAGCGCUUGCGUACACGCAUCCCAGCCAUGUCAACCGCCCAAGAGGCACAGGUACACGCCUUCAGGCUCUUGAAUCCGGAUUCUGAGGCUGCUGGUAACCCUCUGGCUGGUAGCGUUUUUUCGAAAAAGCUGAUCAACAGGGCCGCGCAUAGCCACUUGUCAAUCCAUUCGAGGCACUAUGGCUGCUCCGAGGAGGAUUCCGUCACAGCAUUCAACAAAACCAACCGUCGUCUCUCUUGGCAGUCCCAUGUGAGAAGGAUUUAUGAUGAGCAGCUCCUUCUUGAUAUAGAGCUCAAAGAGAAGCCUGACGACAGGCAGCUGAAGAUCUACAGACUGGUAUUGGAAAUCGAGUCGUCCGUGGCGGUUGACUCCUGCGAAGCUGAACGCGGGUUCAGCGCUUUGCAGCGCAUCCGCUCGAAAACUAGGAAUAGACUGCAAGGUGCCGCUAUGUCGCUGUCCAUAAACGCGACCCCCGCCUGCGAGGAGGUGGUGAAAUUGUGGUCAACAAUCAAGCCUCGUCGUAAGAAGGUAGCUGCUAAAAGGGUAACCAAAAGGAAUAGGGACGGUAUACCAGUAGCUAGCUCUUCGGAUGAGGAAGACUUCGUUUACGACGAUGUACUUUUCGAAGGGAACACCGACGAGGAAUGUGACCCUAUUGACGAGGAGCAUGAAUAUAACCUUAUGCUGCAAUCUGGGUAUCUCGUUUUGGAAGAAAGCGACGGGGAGUAA